AUGACAACCAAAAGGAAAAUUAUCGGCCGCUUGGUGCCCUGCCGGUGUUUUCGUGGUGAAGAAGAAAUCGUCUCCGUGUUGGAUUACUCUCACUGUGGCCUGCAGCAGGUGCCAAAGGAGGUUUUUAACUUUGAACGGACGUUAGAGGAGCUUUACCUAGAUGCCAACCAAAUUGAAGAGCUACCCAAGCAACUGUUCAGCUGUCAGGCGUUGCGCAAGCUGAGUAUACCCGACAACGACCUGUCAAGUCUGCCAACCACGAUUGCCAGCCUAGUGAAUCUCAAGGAACUCGACAUCAGUAAAAACGGUAUUCAAGAUUUUCCAGAAAAUAUUAAAUGUUGUAAGUGUUUAACAAUUAUCGAAGCCAGCGUCAAUCCGGUCUCUAAGCUGCCAGAUGGCUUCACGCAACUUCUAAAUUUGACCCAGCUCUAUCUAAAUGAUGCCUUCUUGGAGUUUCUUCCGGCUAACUUUGGAAGACUUGUCAAAUUGCGAAUUUUGGAGUUAAGAGAAAAUCACUUGAAAACUCUACCAAAGUCAAUGCACAAGCUGACUCAGCUGGAGAGACUUGAUCUGGGCAAUAAUGAAUUCUCUGAACUGCCUGAGGUUCUGGAGCAAAUACAAAAUCUAAAGGAAUUGUGGAUGGACAAUAAUUCUUUGCAAAUACUACCUGGGUCUAUAGGGAAGUUAAAACAGCUGGUGUACCUGGAUGUGUCAAAAAACAGGAUAGAAACUGUUGACUUGGACAUAUCGGGAUGCGAAGGACUUGAAGAUCUCCUGUUGUCGUCCAAUAUGUUGCAGCAACUGCCAGACUCCAUAGGACUGUUGAAAAGGCUUACAACUCUAAAAGUAGAUGACAAUCAGCUUACAAUUCUGCCAAAUGCAAUUGGAAAUUUAUCUUUAUUAGAAGAGUUUGACUGCAGCUGUAAUGAGUUGGAGUCCUUACCUUCCACCAUCGGCUACCUGCAUAACCUGAGGACCUUGGCUGUGGAUGAGAAUUUCCUCCCUGAGCUGCCCAGAGAAAUUGGAAGCUGUAAAAACGUAACGGUGAUGUCUCUGCGCUCUAACAAGCUGGAAUUUCUUCCUGAUGAAAUUGGUCAGAUGCAGAAGCUGAGAGUCUUGAAUCUGAGCGAUAACAGACUGAAGAAUUUACCAUUCACUUUUACUAAGCUGAAAGAACUUGCAGCUUUGUGGCUUUCGGACAACCAGUCCAAGGCUCUCAUUCCGCUGCAGACCGAGGCGCACCCAGAAACAAAGCAGCGAGUGCUGACCAACUACAUGUUUCCCCAGCAGCCCCGCGGCGACGAAGAUUUCCAGUCGGACAGUGAUAGUUUUAACCCCACUUUAUGGGAGGAGCAGAGACAGCAGCGCAUGACCGUUGCCUUCGAAUUUGAAGAAAAAAAAGAGGAGGAGGAAAAUCCCGGGAAAGUUAAGGUUGAAAUAAAUCUAAAACGUUACCCCACUCCAUACCCGGAGGAUUUAAAGAAUAUGGUAAAAUCGGUUCAAAAUCUGGUGGGCAAAACGAGCCAUGGAGUACGGCCUGAGAACGCAACACCAGCUGCGAACAGUGACCAAACUGUGCAAGACAAGUAUGAGCACAAGUGGCCCAUGGCACCCAAGGAGAUUGCGGUGGAGGAUGCCUUUGGACAUCCUGCCAGUGAGAUGAGGAUAGGGGAGCUUCGCCCUUCCAUGCCAGAGACUCCGCUGUACCCACCCAAACUUGUUCUUCUGGGUAAAGAGAAGAAAGAGUCGACAGAUGAGUCUGAAGCAGAUAAGAUCCAUUGUCUGAAUAACAGCGUUUCCUCAGGCACUUACUCAGACUAUUCCCCUUCCCAGGCUUCCUCAGGGUCCUCCAACGCGCAUGUUAAAAUGGGCUCCCUGCAGACAACGGCGAAAGAAGCAGUGAAUAACUCUUUGUGGGGGAACAGCUGGAAUGACGGCUCGCACUACGACAACACGGGCUUCGUGGCGGAGGAGGGCGCGGUGGAGAAUCCCGGUGCCAACCCCCUCCUGAGCACGAAAUCCAGAAGCUCAUCCGCACACGCACGCAGGCCGCUGAUCAGACAGGACCGGAUAGUUGGCAUUCCCCUGGAGCUGGAGCAGCCGACGCUCAGAAACGCUCACGAAUCUGAAGUGCCUCCUCCCAAUCCUUGGCAAAAUUGGACCAGAACCCCCAGUCCUUUUGAAGACAGGACAGCUUUUCCUUCCAAACUGGAAAGCACCCCCACCACCAGCCCUUUGCCUGAGCGGAAGGAUCACGUCAAAGAGUCUCCUGAAAUGACUAGCACUUUCACGCCGGGAAUAGCCUGGGAGUACCACGAUUCAAAUGCCAACAGAAGUCUCACAAACGUCUUUUCACAUCUCCACUGUCGCCCAGAUCCUUCCAAAAGCGUUAUUUCGAUCAGCAAGAGUACGGAACGGCUUUCUCCGAUGAUGAGGGAUUUAAAAACUAACAAAUUUAAGAAGUCGCAAAGUAUCGAUGAGAUAGACAUCGGUACAUACAAAGUGUACAAUAUACCCUUAGAAAACUAUGCAUCUGGUAACGAUACUGUAGGAACCCACGAGAGGGUGGACAAGCUCCUGGGCCCGGAGCACGGCAUGCUGAGCAUGUCCCGCAGCCAGUCGGUCCCCAUGCUGGACGACGAGCUCCUGACCUACGGCAGCGUCAAGGUGCAGCCGCAGCAGAAGUCGUCGGUCACGAAGAAGGUCUACCAGUUCGACCAAAGCUUCAACCCGCAGGGAGCGGUGGAGGUGACCGCGGAGAAGAGGCUGCCGCCGCCCUUCCAGCUCAACCCCGAGUACAUCGCCCAGCAGAGCCCGAACCUGCCCCAGGAUCUGGUCAGCCCCAGGGCGUACCGCGGCUACCCCCCCGUGGAGCACAUCUUCUCCUUCUCCCAGCCGUCGGUCAACGAGGAGGGGGUCAGUGCCCCCUUCGCCAGCCAGGGCUCUCGGCCGGGCUUCCUGCGGCGAGGAGCUGUGGAGCGCCAGAGCAGCGUCUCGGUCUCCGAGUCUCAGUUCCUCAAGAGGAACGGCAGGUACGAAGACGAGCACCCUCCCUACCAGGAGGUGAAAGCCCAGACUGGGAGCUUUCCAGUUAAAAACCUGACACAAAGGCGGCCGUUGUCCGCAAGAAGCUACAGUACGGAGAGCUACGGCACGUCCCAAACCAGGCCGGUUUCAGCGAGGCCUACAAUGGCAGCUCUGCUGGAAAAGAUACCGUCAGACUAUAACUUGGGUAACUAUGGCGACAAGCCUUCCGAUAGCAGUGAUAUAAAGACAAGGCCUGCCCCUGUGAAGGGAAAUGAGAGCUGUGCUAAAAUGCCCGCUGACUGGAGACAACAGCUACUUAGACAUAUAGAAGCUAGAAGGUUAGACAGGACCGCUGCUUACAAACACAACACAGUUAGCCUUGGCAUGCUGCACUCUGGAGGGUUUUCAGCAAUGCAUGCCGGCAGAAGCAUGACUUUAAACUUGCAGACUAAAUCUAAAUUUGAAAACCAAAUGCUUCAAGAGCUACCUCUACCGCAAACGCCGUCGCAGCAGAGCAGCGUGCUGGACAACGGGCAGGAGGAGGUGCCUGUGAGCGGCCAGUGGAACCCCUACCCGCUGGGGCGGCGGGACGUGCCACCGGACGCCGUCACGAAGAAGGCAGGUAGCCACAUCCAGACCUUAAUGGGCUCGCAGAGCCUGCAGCAUCGGAGCCGCGAGCAGCAGGACUGCUGGGCAGCCACGCAGGUCACAGCCUGUGUGAAGUCCCUGGAGUCCAUGGAGACGCAGAAACAGUGGCUGGCGUGGCUCGCAUUUUGUGUGAGAAUAGAGAAGAAUCCUGGCCUUGGUUUUAGUAUCAGUGGUGGAAUAAGUGGACAAGGAAAUCCGUUCAAACCUUCUGAUAAGGGUAUCUUUGUUACUAGGGUUCAGCCUGACGGACCAGCAUCCAGCCUGCUCCAGCCUGGCGACAAGAUCCUCCAGGCCAACGGACACAGCUUUGUACACAUGGAACACGAGAAAGCUGUGUUGCUGCUGAAGAGUUUCCAGAACACAGUAGACCUAGUUAUUCAACGUGAGCUUACUGUCUAA